AUAUUCUUUCUAAUGGUGGAGUUGUUCAAGAAAUGGCACAUAUUGCUAAUGGAAGAGAUACUGGAAACUGCGUUUCGCUACUUCGAGUGAAUAGUGCAAAUUCAAGCCAAAGCAACAUGUUGAUAUUACAAGAGAGUUGCACAGACACAACAGGAUCAUUUGUGAUAUAUGCACCUGUGGACAUAGUUGCAAUGAAUGUGGUUCUAAAUGGAGGCGAUCCUGAUUAUGUUGCACUUCUUUCAUCUGGAUUCGCUAUAUUACCGGACGGAACAACUAAUCUUUUCAACUACACUGUAAGCACUUGUAGAAUCCAGACCUGAGGUAGGUUCAUCCAGAAACAAAAGCGAUGGCUUAUGAAUGUAAAUUUGGUGUUGACAUUUUACUUUGAGCAAGACAACAAAACUAUUCAUACA